AGCGAAAAAAAUGUCCGCCUGAGGAGACCCACAAGUUCUAUUCGGGGGGACCGCCAGCCCGCCCCGGGAGAAAGGGGCGGCCAGGCCCGAGAGCCGCCUCCCCUGCCCGGAUCCGAGAGCUCGCGCGGGGCAAAGUGAGCCGAGCCGCCGGGAGGUGCAAGGGGAAGCCCGAGCCCGCUCUCCCGGCCAAAGUGAACUUUAAUCGGGGUGGUUGGAUGCGGAGACGGGGCGGCAGGACCCGCUAGAAGUGGCUGAAGAUGAAUCCCCAGCAGCAGCGCAUGGCUGCUAUAGGGACCGACAAGGAGCUGAGCGACCUGCUGGACUUCAGUGCGAUGUUUUCUCCACCUGUUAAUAGUGGGAAAACCAGACCAACGACACUGGGAAGCAGUCAGUUCAGUGGAUCAGGUAUGGAUGAACGAGGAGGUACAACAUCUUGGGGAACAAGUGGUCAACCAAGCCCCUCUUAUGACUCAUCUAGAGGUUUUACAGACAGCCCUCAUUACAGUGAUCACUUGAAUGACAGUCGAUUAGGGGCCCACGAAGGCUUGUCCCCAACACCUUUCAUGAACUCAAAUCUGAUGGGAAAAACGUCAGAGAGAGGUUCAUUUUCCCUGUACAGCAGAGACACCGGAUUACCAGGCUGUCAAUCUAGUCUCCUGAGACAAGAUCUGGGGCUUGGAAGCCCAGCACAGCUGUCUUCUUCAGGAAAACCUGGAACACCAUACUACUCAUUCUCUGCCACAAGUUCCAGGAGAAGACCACUCCAUGACUCUGCAGCACUUGAUCCUUUGCAAGCAAAGAAAGUCAGAAAGGUGCCUCCUGGUUUGCCUUCUUCAGUAUAUGCACCAUCCCCAAAUUCAGAUGAUUUCAACCGUGAAUCUCCUAGUUAUCCAUCUCCCAAACCACCAACCAGUAUGUUUGCUAGCACUUUCUUUAUGCAAGAUGGGACCCACAAUUCUUCUGACCUUUGGAGUUCAUCAAAUGGGAUGAGCCAGCCUGGUUUUGGUGGAAUUCUGGGGACCUCCACUUCCCACAUGUCUCAAUCCAGUAGUUACGGCAGCCUUCAUUCACAUGACCGCUUGAGCUAUCCUCCACACUCAGUUUCACCAACAGACAUAAACACGAGUCUCCCACCAAUGUCUAGCUUCCAUCGUGGCAGUACCAGCAAUUCGCCUUAUGUUGCUGCCUCACACACUCCUCCCAUCAAUGGAUCAGAUAGCAUUCUAGGAACCAGAGGGACUGCUGCUGGAAGCUCACAGACAGGUGAUGCACUUGGAAAGGCUUUGGCAUCUAUUUAUUCUCCUGACCAUACCAGCAGUAGUUUUCCAUCAAAUCCGUCAACACCAGUUGGAUCACCCUCACCUCUCACAGGUACCAGUCAGUGGCCCAGAGCUGGAGGGCAAGCUCCUUCAUCCCCAAGCUAUGAAAACUCACUCCACUCCCUGAAAAAUCGAGUUGAGCAGCAACUUCACGAGCAUUUGCAAGAUGCAAUGUCCUUCUUAAAGGAUGUCUGUGAGCAAUCUCGAAUGGAGGAUCGUUUAGACAGACUGGAUGAUGCUAUCCAUGUGCUGCGGAACCAUGCUGUGGGACCGUCCACCAGUUUACCUGCUGGUCACAGUGAUAUACACAGUUUAUUGGGACCAUCCCAUAAUGCAUCAAUUGGAAGCCUCAGUUCAAACUAUGGUGGAUCAAGCCUUGUUACAAGCAGUCGAUCUGCUUCAAUGGUUGGAACUCAUCGAGAAGACUCUGUCAGUCUCAAUGGCAAUCAUUCAGUCCUGUCUAGUACGGUCACUGCUUCAAGCACAGACUUGAACCACAAAACACAAGAAAAUUACAGAGGUGGCUUGCAAAGUCAAUCUGGAACUGUUGUUCCAGCAGAAAUCAAGACUGAAAACAAAGAAAAAGAUGAAAACCUUCAUGAACCUCCUUCAUCAGAUGACAUGAAAUCAGAUGAUGAAUCCUCCCAAAAAGAUAUCAAGGUUUCAUCUAGAGGCAGAACAAGCAGUACUAAUGAAGAUGAGGAUUUGAACCCAGAACAGAAGAUAGAAAGGGAGAAAGAAAGGCGGAUGGCUAACAACGCUAGAGAACGUUUACGUGUGAGGGAUAUUAACGAGGCAUUCAAAGAGCUUGGUCGAAUGUGUCAGCUCCAUUUAAAGAGUGAAAAACCCCAAACAAAACUCCUUAUUCUUCAUCAGGCCGUGGCAGUCAUCCUUAGUCUAGAACAGCAAGUCAGAGAGAGGAACCUUAACCCCAAAGCAGCCUGCCUUAAGAGAAGGGAAGAAGAAAAAGUUUCUGCCGUAUCGGCAGAGCCGCCAACCACACUGCCAGGAACCCAUCCUGGGCUUAGUGAAACUACCAACCCUAUGGGUCAUAUGUAAACAUCAGCCAGUUCCAGAGUUAUCAGUAGGCUAGAUAGAAGGUGACCUCUCCUCAUAAGGACUUGGACAACUCAGAUUAUCUGAAGACACAAACCUGCUAGGAGGGAGAAGAAAAAACAAAACACUUGAAGCAAGAAACUCAAAUGUAAUCCUACGAUCAAAGCAACUGGUCAACACUUCCAUCAGAAGUGAAGAUAGGAAGCUCAUCAGAUAGAACGUCAGCCCAUGAAAUGUUUGCAACAUAUCACUUUGUUGCAAGCAGUGUGUCGCUUCUGCACAAUCAGAGACUGUCUCGAUCUCUCCACUCAUCGUGGAAGUUGCCUUGUGCCUAAACUGAAUUGACAAAUGCAUUGUAACUACAAAUUUUAUUUAUUGUUAUGGAACUGUAAGGUCUACAUAUAAAGGGAAAAAGUUAAUGUGGAAAGCUGAUCUAAACUCAGCUGAUGCCAGCAUUCGUUAAAGCUGUUCACGUGCAGAACAAAGCAGUGACAACCAUUGGCCCUUAGCAUUCCCGGCAUACCUAUUAGUGUCUUAAAAAGGAAGGGAAAAGUCUUUUGUUUGCCCUCUCCUAUCCUUUUGCCAUAUGAAUAGUGUUUUCCAUGAAAUAGGAAAAUAUUACUUGGUAUAGCAUUUCUUUCGCUCUCAUUUUUUCAUUCAUUUUUAUUUUCUCUUUGUGGGUGUUAUAUUUGGUCUCUGAAUCUGAAUAGUUUAUGGUCACAAUCCAGAAUCCUCAUGUAGUCCUAUGUGCUUUGCAUAUUUACCUUACAAAGAUAAACAGAGACCAUCUGUGACCAUAGCCUAGCUAAGAUUUUAAAGGGGAAAUUUUGUCCCCUAGAUUUUCCCCAAAAUAAACAUUGCUUUAUUUCUAAUAAUAACCAAGACUUUUCAAGCUUCUAGAUUUCAUAGUAAAGCUUGUAAUAGCAAGAGUGUAAAUUACAAGGGAAGAAUCUACUUCUUAGAAAUUGCUUUGUUUUCCAAGCAGUAAGUACUACAUAUAGUACUUGUAAAGUGUUAGCUGUAAAGUAAGCACAAAAAUGGAUUUAAAAUAUAAAGAAGAUUUCAGGCUGUGAUUAUGGUGACCGUAACAAAACCCGGUAGUCACCAAGGCAGGUAGUGUGAUAAAUGAACACACCACUCUGAGGCUAAUUACCAAAUGGAAUACAAGAGCAGUGGUCACCCGUGUUUCCUUAUCAUCGCCUUUAUUUCUCUGUCACUUGGAUGGCUGGUCAAUGGGGAGGAAUUCAGUGGGUGAUUUAAUCAACCACAAACCAUCUGCCCCCGUCCCAAGAAGAUGAGCCAGAUUAGCCGUAAACCAGUGCUUGUCAGUCCAUCUUAGCACAGUACGUUAAGGCACCCCUCUGUUUCUAAUCCUUAAGAGUUGUUUUUUAAGAUAUCAUAAUCACUUUGAACUUCCAUGAAAUCUGUCUUCCACCACAACAGCCCUGGGAGAGAAAAACAUGCUAAACAAGGUUGUCUUGGCUUAAUAAUUCCUUAUGGCCAGUAUCAACAAAGGCAGUCAGCACA